CCCACCACUCCUCCCCACAUCGCCAAUGGCGGACCAAACCCUCGCGGCCUCCCCCGCCUCGUCACCAAAACCCUAAACCCUAUCCCACCGCCCGAAUCCAGACCUCCGGCGCGGCGGCCUCGCUUCCUCCGCCGCCAUGGGCCCCCGUCGAGACGUCCGCUUCGUCUCCUCCGGCAUCAAGCUCCCGCGCGCCUCCCCGGCCCCUGCCCCUACCCCUACCCCGGCGCACGCCCUGCUAUCCGCCGCGCUCCCCUUCGCGCACAUCGGCCGCGCCAUCGACGCCGCGGCCCGCCACGUCGCCGCGUCGUUCCCCCGCCUCCCGGCCGCGCGGGCCGAGACGGCGGCCGCGCCCUUGCCGCGGAGGCUCGGGAAGGACGGGGGCGAGGAGCGGGUGCUGAUCAGCGAGGUGGCGGUGCGCGGGAAGGACGGGGAGCCCCUGGAGCGGCCCGAGCUGGAGGAGGCCGCGGCGGCGGCGCUGCGCGCGUGCCGCCCCAACGCGGCGCUCACGGUGCGGGAGGUGCAGGAGGAUGUGCACCGCGUCGUGGAGAGCGGCCUCUUCCGUUCCUGCAUGCCCGUGGCUGUCGACACCCGUGAUGGCAUCCGCCUUGUCUUCGAGGUCGAGCCGAACCAGGACUUCCAAGGGCUGGUCUGUGAGGGUGCCAACAUGCUGCCUUCCAAGUUCCUAGAUGACUCAUUCCGUGACCGCCAUGGGAAAAUAAUCAACAUAAGACAUCUAGAUCAAGUGAUCAAGUCCGUUAACGGGUGGUAUCAGGAGCGUGGUCUUACUGGCAUGGUUUCUUAUGCUGAGAUCCUUUCUGGAGGAAUUCUGAGGUUACAAGUUUCUGAAGCCGAGGUUAAUAAUAUCAAUAUUCGCUUUCUGGAUAGAAAAACUGGUGAACCAACUAUUGGAAAGACACAACCAGAUACCAUACUUCGGCAACUUACCACCAAGAAGGGUCAGGCUUACAACAGAGCACAAGUGAAAAGAGAUGUUGAAACAAUACUCACUAUGGGAAUUAUGGAGGAUGUAACAAUAAUUCCGCAGCCAGUCGGAGAUUCUAAUAAAGUUGAUCUGGUCAUGAAUCUUGUUGAACGCCCUUCUGGUGGCUUCUCUGCGGGUGGUGGCAUUUCGAGUGGGAUAACAAAUGGUCCUCUUUCUGGACUAAUUGGCAGCUUUGCAUAUUCUCAUCGGAAUGUUUUUGGGAGGAACAAGAAGUUGAAUCUCUCACUAGAGAGGGGCCAAAUAGAUUCUAUAUUUCGUUUAAACUACACUGACCCUUGGAUCGACGGCGACAAUAAGAGGACCUCCAGAACUGUCAUGGUUCAGAACUCUAGGACUCCUGGAACACUUAUCCAUAGUGGGGACCGUCCUGACCAUGGGGCUAUUACAAUUGGACGAGUAACUGCUGGCAUUGAAUAUAGUCGACCAUUCCGGCCUAAAUGGAGCGGCACACUUGGAUUGAUAUUUCAGCAUGCUGGUGCUCGUGAUGACCAAGGCAACCCUGUGAUCAGAGAUUCGUAUAACAGCCAAUUAACAGCUAGUGGAAAUCCUUAUGAUGACACAGUACUUGCUAAGCUUGAAAGUGUUUAUACAGAUUCUGGAGAUCGUAGCUCUACAAUGUUCGUUUUCAACGUUGAGCAAGGUCUGCCCAUUCUUCCAGAGUGGCUUAGCUUCAACAGAGUGACAGCACGUUUGAGGCAGGGGUAUGAAAUUGGGCCUGCUCGACUUCUUCUAAGUGCUUCCGGAGGUCAUGUGGAAGGAAACUUUUCGCCUCAUGAAGCAUUCGCAAUUGGUGGGACAAAUAGUGUAAGAGGAUACGAAGAAGGUGCUGUUGGUUCUGGCCGUUCAUAUGCCGUUGGUAGUGGAGAAGUCUCUUGCCGCAUGUUUGGUCCGUUGGAAGGCGUUUUGUUUGGUGAUUAUGGUAGUGAUCUUGGCUCUGGUCCAAAGGUUCCUGGUGACCCAGCGGGAGCCCGUGGAAAGCCAGGAAGUGGUUACGGAUACGGUGUUGGCAUCCGUGUGGACUCCCCACUGGGACCUUUGAGACUUGAAUAUGCUUUCAACGAUAAACAAGCAAGACGCUUUCACUUUGGGGUUGGUCACAGAAAUUAACCUACCCAAGCGGCUGUUUAUAAUGUGUGUGAUCCACCACUUGAUCUUCUGAUCAUAUGUGUUGGUAGAGAUAGUGCCAGUUCUUUGCAAAUUCUUGCAAAGCAAAAUUUUGUCUACCCCAGAUUGCCUUGCUUGUAACAUAUAGUUUUUUUGCUCAUUUUCUGUUGUAAACAUUCCUGGCAGUUGGUUACUGAGAGAAAAGAGCCUCCAGCGAGUUAUGUAGGUGUGAAAUUUGAUCUAAGGAGUCAAAAUUGAGGGAAACUGCAGUUUGCAACUAGCUGGGACUA